AUGUCAGCGAGAGAAAUCGUGGCGUUCUUGGCCGGCCUGGUGGGACUCGGUGCUACCAUUGGGGCCACUGUGUCAAACGAAUGGAAGAGUACCAGCAGGGCCUCCUCCGUCAUAACGGCCACAUGGGUUUUCCAAGGGCUUUGGAUGAACUGCGCGGGGAACGCCAUCGGAGCGGUGCACUGCCGACAACAUCAUACCAUCCUCAAUCUGGAAGGUUACAUCCAGGUAUGCAGAGGUCUGAUGAUUUCCGCUGUGUGUCUGGGUUUCUUCGGAAGUGUCUUUGCUUUGGUGGGCAUGAAAUGUACCAAGAUUGGAGGAACAGACCAAAUCAAAGCCAGAAUCACUUGCUUUGCUGGGUUCAACUUCAUACUGAGUGGUUUCUGCUCUCUUACCGCCUGCUCCCUGUAUGCCCACAGGAUCACCUCUGAGUUUUUUGAUCCCAUGUUUGUUGCCCAAAAAUACGAACUGGGAGCUGCGUUGUUCAUUGGUUGGGCGGGUUCAGCGUUAUGCAUUUUGGGAGGUGUCAUUCUCUGUUUAUCUUUGUCGGAUGGCAUCAGUAGGAGUUCAAGCAGGGCAGACAGAAAAGGCCAUGCUUACAGCGGAGCUGCCUCUUUACUGUCCUCUCGGACCAAGGCAAAUGGUCAUUCCACCAACUACCACCGACCACCACCAAACUACAGCACUUCCUCCAGGGAGUUUGAUAAGAAUGCCUAUGUGUAA